CCUCCAUUGGCGCACCCCCGCUGCUACUCCGCCCCCCGUCGGCGCGGCUUGCGAUGAUGGAAAUGGAGGAGCUGAAGGAGGAACUGCGGCAGCUCCGGGUGUCCUUCCGGGAGGAUUUGCGACAGGAGUUCCGAACGCAGGAAGCCAAGUUGAAGGAGCUGCUGAAGGGACAGGCAGUGGUCGCACAAUCACCAGGCUGGUCCAACUCCAAUGCCCCUUCCAAGGACUUAUCAGAUUUGGCGGAAGAGUUGGACUUGCACGAUGAGUUUUUACUACCACCCGGUGUGCCACACCUUGAAGGUGCGGGCGCCGCCUUGGCGCGGCAGCAUUCACCGGGCACCGCCUGGGUGGGAUCGUCGACGAACAAGGAGGACUGGCGCAAGCUGCUGAGCGUCACGCCCGAGCAGUCUGGGCCAACGGCCUUGGAGCAGGAUCUUCCCGGCUUAGUGGGCGAUCCUCACCCACCGCCCGAGAAAGACCGGAAGAAGGAGAAGCGCCACAGCAUCUUGAAGCAAGGCAAGGACAAGGAUGACGAGUUCAAGGACAUUCGCAUGAAAGGUGGUGUCUUCGGCGCAGGCAACGACAAGGAUUUGCGCUUGGAUGAGGACGUGUAUGAUGUGCGGAACUUCUACAAGAAGACCGGCUGUGCACAAGCCGUCGCGCGGAGCGAUCGCUUUGAGCGGUUGACCCUGAUGGUCAUCAGCAUCAAUGCAGUCUACAUCGGUGUUGAUGCGGACAACAACAAUGCAAGUUCCAUGGUGGACGCUGCAUGGCCUUAUGUCGUAUUUGACAAUAUGUUCUGUGCCUUCUUCACAGCGGAGCUGCUGAUCAGAUUUGGAGCUUUUGCUGUGAAGCGGAACUGCCUCAAAGACAGGUGGUUUGUCUUUGAUUCAUUGCUGGUUGCCUUAAUGGUUGCGGAGACUUGGGUUUUGACCAUUGUGGUCCUGGCCAUGGGCAGCAUGGAGGGCGGUAUGCCAACAGGUCCUUUGCGUCUCUUGCGACUGCUGCGCCUGUCGCGCCUGGUGCGCUUGCUGAAAGCCAUGCCUGAGCUGUUGAGCUAACCUCAGUGGGCGGGGUUCAGAAAGGCGAUAUGUCCCGAUCAUGAAAGAUCACUUUACUUUCAACAGGAGGUGCACCCCGGCACUUCCAUUUGACCAGAACUCGUUGGUUUCCACUCGCUUCGCGAGUCGGGGGAGCUGAGGGUGCGAAUUUCCGCGGGCGAACUUCGAACUUCUGUUCCAAACCGUUCCAAACCAACACCACAAUCCCGGCCAAAAGCAUCGGUCUUGGAGUGAUGAUGUGAUGAUCGAGCUUAAACUGCUUAGGAACGUGGUGCCUUGCGAAGGCUUUCUUCCCAGACACCAGAAAAGCAUGCAACCAC